AUGAAGAGAAGAGAACGGAGAUGGAGGGGAGGGAGCACGUCGUUGGAGGCUAGAGCAGCCACGGAGCCCGCGCCUACGGCCUGCGAAGCAGCGUUGCCCGCGCUCGCGGCGUGCUCCCCAGCGGCAGCCUUGAGUGGCGGAUCCGCCGCCGUCGCAGCCAGGAGGGGCGAGGCUGCCGCCAUCGCAGCCUUGAGGGGCGAGGUCGCCGUGGGCAGAUCUGGGUGCGCCCGGGCCAGAGAUGAGGGAGGAGCGUCGCCGCUUCGCGUGAGGCCGCCGAGGGCGUCGUCGUCGUCGUCGUGGUUCACGUUGCGGCUCGGCAAGGCCGCCAGGGAAGGGAGGAGGGGAGCCGCUGGGGAGGAAGGAAGGGGGCGGAGGCGCGGGGAGGGAGGCGGCGGCGCUGCCCAUGGCGAGGUGGGGAUAGCCGGAGGGGCGACGCAUGAUUCUUUGGAGGAGGCGAUCGGAGGUGACGGCAACGUCUGCUCGGGCCACCCGAGCGCCCGCUCGGGCCGAGCCCUUCGUUUCCCCGGGGCCUGGCUGAGGGGUGCUUUGAUGACCGUGUGGGCCGGGCUCCCAACCACGUCCGGGCAAACAAAUAGGCGUCCAAGUUACAGCCCACGGGCACAGUAG